AUGGUCAACACAGAAAACACAUAUGCGCAAGAUACACUUGUUCCAGAAGCUGCACAGCUCAAUGAAAAGCUGAGAAAUGAAGAGCUGACAGAGGCACAACUCAAAUAUUGUUCUAUGAUACUUACAAGACUUAAGAGAAAUGCCAAUGCGGGGCCCUUCUUAAAGCCCGUUGAUCCAAUAGCAUUAGGAAUUCCGGAUUAUCCAGAAAAGAUAAAGCACCCUAUGGACAUUUCAACAGUGAAACAUAAGCUUGAUACAAAGACAUAUAAAAUACCAGAUGAAUUCCACAGCGACAUGACAUUGAUGUUUAACAACUGUUACACAUAUAACCAGCCAGACAGCGUAGUAUACAACAUGGGCAAGGAUCUUCAGAAAGCCUUUGAAUCACUAUACGCUGAUUUGCCUACCGAGAUUAAGAAGAGGAAAACAGAGUCGGUUCCACCACUUUCUCCUGUUAAGCCAAAAAGACAAGCAAGAAGUCCGGAGGCUAUGAGUCCGGAGGAUCAUGCAUUUUGUGCUGAAGUUUUGUUGGAUCUUGAAAAAGCCAAGCACAAAAAGUAUAGCUGGCCAUUUCUCUAUCCAGUGACGGAGCAAGAUGCCCCCGGCUAUUUUUCUAUAAUCACUCAGCCAACCGAUCUGAGUACGAUAAGAAAUAAGUUUGAUAUGAGAAGAUACUCUUCGGCUUCUGAAUUUGUCACAGAUCUAAAUUUGAUGAUUUCCAACUGUUUCAAAUUCAAUAAACCAGAUUCUGAAGUGUACAAGUGCGGAGAGGAAUUUAAUAAAGUUAUUCAAAGCUUGAUACACAAAGGAAAGGAUGUAGAUUCUAGAAUAGCAGAAAUCAGGCGGAAGAUUUCGAUUUUGAAUCAGGAAUUGCGCAUGCUUGAGCAACAGCAAACUAACAAGACGAGAUACACUCUUUCAGACAGGGAGAAGAUAGGGAAAGCCAUAAUUCAUAUGACUAAGAAACAGACAGAGAAAGUAUCGGAGAUAGUCCAUAAACAUUCAGCAUAUGAUUAUGUUGAUAAUGAUGAAAUUGAGAUUAACUUAGAGACAAUGCCGGAUUUUGUAGUGGGAGAAAUCUACGAGUAUGUUCAAAAGGUUCAAAAUGGAGAGGAUGCGUCUACAGCUUCUGAAGAUUAA